UUCUUCACGUCUGCUCAUCUCAUCUUUUCUCGACCGACUGCGAGCGUUCACUUUCACACAGACUCUCGUUAUUCAUCUGUCUUGUCUCUUUACCACACUCGUUUGUGCCAAUAACAACAACAACACCUCCACCACACCACUUCACUUUCUUCUCCACACACGUUAAUUCGUUCCACUUCGUCGCACGCAACCUCUUCCCCACUACAUAGGACAAACGAACAAUCAACUUCCACAGCAAGACAAUUCUAUAUACCUGAACCAUGCGUUCCUCGACUCUCUCGGCCACUUCUGUGGUCCUAGCCAUCGCCGGCUUGGUAUCUGCUCAGACCUUCACCGACUGCAAUCCCCUCGAGAAGACUUGCCCUGCUGAUGCUGGAUGGGGUACCACCGUUACGACCGACUUCACCACUGGUGCGAGCAGCGACUGGACUUUGGCGGAUGGAACUACCAUGUCAUAUGGAAGCAACGGUGCUGAGUUCGUUAUCACCUCGACUCAAGCUCCUACCAUGAGCAGCACCAAGUACAUCAUGUUUGGCAAGGUCUCGGUCACCACCUUGGCCAGCGCGGGUACCGGAAUCGUCAGCAGUUUCAUUCUCGAAUCUGAUGAUCUCGAUGAAAUCGAUUGGGAGUGGCUUGGAGCUGAUGAUACCCAAGUUGAGAGCAACUUCUUCGGCAAGGGCAACACCACUACAUACGAUCGUGCCAUCUACCACCCAGUCACCGAUCCUAUUGGAACCAUGACCACCUACACGAUUGACUGGACCGCCGACUCCAUUAAGUGGUACAUUGGUUCCAACCUCGUCCGCACCCUCAAUUAUGGAGAUGCUCUUGCUCUCUACGGCAAGAACUAUCCUCAAACUCCCAUGCGCGUUAAGAUGGGUUCCUGGGUUGGAUGUGCUGAUGCCGCUGCUGCUUCUAACCCAGCCACCGCAGGCACUUGCUCGUGGGCCGGAGGACCAGCUGAUUUCAGCAAGGCACCAUUCACAAUGAGCGUCAAGUCUGUAACCAUCGAGGAUUAUGGCUGCGGUGGUGACUACACCUACACCGAUAUGACUGGAAGCUGGCAAAGCAUCAAGUCGAGCGGAACUUGCGGCGCCAACAAUGCUCAAUCUGGAAGCAGCGCGAGCGGAUCUGCAACCUCAGCUACUGCUUCCGUUUCAAGCACUGCCUCAGGUACUUCCUCAACCACUUCCGGAGGUGUCCUACUCCAAACUUCAUCCACCGUGAGCACCUUCACUUCCAGUGCUACUGGCGCCUCCAAUGGUUCCAAUGGCUCCAAAUCAAAUGGAACUGCACUUGCAAGCACUAUGACAACCGCAACCAGCUCUGGCAGCUCCACUAAGGCUACCACCAGCUCAAGUGGCACCACUUCAUCUUCACCUGCUCAGGCUACAACCAAUGCAGGUGAGAGUAUGAAGCCAAAGCACAAAUACGGUGUUCUUGACUACUCCGUCAUCGUCCUUGGACUUGGACUCGGAUAUCUCGUCAUGUAAUACUGGACGGUAUCUUUGAAAGGGC